CGUGGCAGAUGGAAGCUCGCACUGCACAUGGAGGGCGGUGUCCUCCCUCUCGCUGCACAGCCUCAUCCAUGGCGGCCCAGAUAUUCCUUUCACUUCAUCUUUCAAAACCCACUUCCUUCGACCCACUUGAGUCGCUCCUACGCUCCUAGCUACCGUCGCUGGGACUCCAAUGCCGAAACCAUUCGUUCCCAAAGAUUCGGUUUUAAUUUCAGAGACAAAGGCAAAAGAGAAGAAGAUGCCGGCGAUGACGAAGAAGAAGAAGAUUACGAGUACAGUAGAAGUAAAGGGACGAAUAAAAGAAGGUGGUGGUCGGACGAGUCGUCGGAGAUGGAGGAGGAAAGCUCCGGUGGAAUCUUGGAGGAUGCCAUUGAUAGUUUCUGGAUAUUGAAGGUGUUUAAAUCCUAUGGAUGGGCAUUUCCAGCUAUUAUUGCAUCUUUGCUGCUGUCUACGGGUCCAAAAGCUUUCCUCAUGGCGUUAGCACUCCCCCUUGGUCAGUCGGCAUUUUCACUGUUAUUUGAGAAGUUGUGGGGACGGACAAGGAGUAGGCCGAAACACAAGUCCAGGACAAGGAGGAGAAGGAAACCUUUUGCCAGCAGUUUUGGUAAUGCUAAAACAGAUGACAAAGAAAGAUAUGUUGAGGACCAGGAAACUAGUGACAGAAGCAUGGGUUAUCAAUCUUGGGUAGUCGGAAAUGAUGCUUCAGCUGAUGAUAGUGGUCGGGAGGCAUCGAGUUUAGGUGGAUGGGAUGAUCUUGAAAGAAUGGAAUCUGCACGGAGGCAAUCUCGAAGAAAGCCAAUGGGGAAGGGUAAGUUGAGUCGGAGAGAAAGAAAUAGCGACACGCCACUGCUGUUAAGAUUGUUGAUUGCUGUUUUCCCAUUUUUGGGUACAUGGACAAAGAUGUUUUGGUGAAUAGAGAAUGGAAACCAAAAGUCUCAAACCUGGAGCAAGACCUUGAUUAGUUUUCCUGCAACUUAGAUCAGGCACUACCACAUUCUUUGCACCGGCUCUUGCGCGGCCUUCGGAUCCAGAAUAACAUCGGUUGAGGGUAAGAUCAAGGAUCAAAUUUCAGCCAGAGCCAAUUUUGUAUACGCCUGACUUGGAUGCCGGUGUUCCUUCAAGUUUUAUUUCAUACGCCAUUGUACAUAGCAGAUAUUACAAAUAUAGUUUCACAGUACAUUUGACAUUUCAUUGCAUACAGUGGAAUUUGGUUGAA